GGGGGUUGUGAUGUGAUUGCGCUUAACUUUACGUUCCUCCUUCUAAGUCUUACGUCGGGAGCUGCCGUUUGGCUUCGCUCCUACAGAGAACCGUGAUAUUUAGGGCGAGAGGUUGCAGCAUCAGGGGAUGAGCGAAAGAGACAAUGUGGAUUCUUUCGUUCGCGUUGUUAUUAUUGAAUUUGCACGUGGUUGAAGGUACUCGGCUGCACUGUGACGUGGGUCAAUUUCAAUGCAGGAACAAUCGGUGCAUCUCGUUACUCUGGCGCUGCGAUGGAGACGACGACUGUAUGGACAACAGUGAUGAGGACAACUGCCCCAAGAAAACCUGUGCAGCAACGCAUUUUACCUGUGACAAUGGAGAAUGCAUCUCGGGGGACUGGCGCUGUGAUGGAGAAGAAGAAUGUACGGAUGGUUCGGAUGAGGCAGCCGAAUUGUGCAAUAAAGUUACGUGCCCACCUGACACAUUUGGCUGUUCCAGAAACAGAUGCAUCCCACUUUCGUGGCAGUGUGACGGUCAGAAGGACUGUGGAAAUGGGACCGACGAGUUGCAUUGUGCAGAUGAUAAGAAGACCUGCUCACCCAAUGAAUUCUUAUGUAAAAAUGAAAAGUGCAUUGCCAUGAUGUUUGUAUGCGACGGGGAUGACGACUGUGGCGAUGGCACAGAGGAGCAGGACUGCUCUCCGCCCACCUGUGGAUCCCAUGAGUUCCAGUGCAACAGCUCUACAUGCAUCCCUGAACUGUGGGCCUGUGACAGUGAUCCAGACUGUCCCGACGGCUCGGACGAGAGUGUGGAGAGUUGUGGCCAUUCGGCAACACAGAAACCUACAGACUCUUGUUCAGCAAGUGAGUUUCAGUGCACAAAUGGCGAGUGCAUCCACCUCAACUGGAAAUGUGACGGAAGCAUAGACUGCAAGGACAAAUCAGAUGAAAUUGGUUGUCCAAAGGUAACUUGCCAGCCCGAUGAGUUCCAGUGUGGCGAUGGGAGUUGCAUUCAUGGAUCCAAACAGUGCAACCAAGUCUUUGACUGCCCAGACCGCAUUGACGAGCUAGACUGCAAGAAUGUGACCCCUUGUAGAGGACAUUUGAAGUUUUUCUGUGGGAGUGGAGAGUGUAUUGAUUCGAAGAAAGUAUGUGACUCUCACAAGGACUGCAAAGACUGGUCAGAUGAACCACUUAAAGAAUGUGGUUUAAAUGAGUGCCUGACCAACAAUGGUGGCUGCUCCCACACGUGUAGAGACUUGAAGGUCGGAUAUGAAUGCGAAUGCCCAGCCGGAUACGCACUGUUAGACUCAAAGACAUGUGGAGAUAUAAAUGAAUGUGAAGAUCCAGACCAAUGCAGCCAGAUCUGCACGAACAUUAAAGGAGGGUACAAGUGCACCUGCUUCCAAGGUUAUGAGAUGGAUCCAAUGACCGAGAGUUGUAAAGCAGUGGGCAAAAGCCCUGCUGUGCUCUUCACUAACAGCCAUGAUAUCAGAAUGAUUAAUUUGUUGAAGAAAGAAUAUACUCGUCUUGUGUCUACACUAAAGAAUGUGGUCUCCCUUGAUGUGGAUGUUGAAGAAAAUAAAAUAUAUUGGAUUGACCUCUACUACAAAGUGAUCUAUAGUGCACCUUUGGAUAAAGGCAGUGAUCCUAGCCAGCAUAUCCAUCUGAUUGAGCAUGGCCUCCAAAUUCCUGAAUGCUUAGCAAUAGAUUGGAUUCACAAAAAUAUAUAUUGGACAGACUCUGGUACCAGGUCUAUCUCUGUGGCCACUGUAGAUGGAACCAAAAGAAAGACCCUUAUCAGUACUGAGCUUGAGAAUCCCCGAGCCAUCGCAGUCGACCCAAUUCGAGGGUUCAUGUAUUGGUCUGACUGGGGCAGCCCUGCAAAGAUCGAGAAAGCUGGACUAAAUGGGGUUGAUCGUCAAUCACUUGUCAAGGAAAACAUUGAAUGGCCAAAUGGAAUCACUUUAGAUUUACUGAACCAGCGCUUGUAUUGGGUCGACUCCAAACUGCACCAACUGUCCAGCAUUGACCUGAAUGGUGGCAACAGAAAAACAUUACUGUUCUCAGAAGAAUACUUGACUCACCCAUCUGCACUUGUGGUGUUUGAGGACAAGAUUUACUGGACUGACAAUGAGCAUGACUCUAUUUACUGUGCAAAUAGACUGACUGGGAGAGAUGUUAUGUUACUUGCAAAUAAUCUGAACAAUGUACAUGACAUUGCUGUUCUUCAUGAACUAAAACAACCCAAAGCUAUGAAUUUUUGUGUACAUGGUGGUACACCAAAAGGAGGGUGCCAAUAUCUCUGUUUGCCUGCUCCCCAAAUCAGCAACCACUCUCCAAAGUACACAUGUGCCUGCCCUGAUGAUAUGGAACUUGGGCACGACAUGAGGAAGUGUUACAGAGUUGGAGGGCUUCCCUCCGUGACCAGCAACAACUCAACUCCAAAAUCUGACGCCCCUUUCUCCAGUGUAUGGGUUCCUGCUGAUAAAACCACCCCAGCUGGUACAGUGGUUCUGAAUGGUAUUGUCACGGGAGACCCACGAUGGCAUUCCCCUUUUGAGGCAAACAGCACUGAUGCAGACAGCUUGAUUCACAGUAACAGUUCCUCACAGCUAUCAGACAACCAGGGAGAAGGCAAGAAGUCAACUUCAACCGAUGCUAUUGUGGGAACUGUCACUCCUAUAGUGAUCAUUAGUUUGGUCUGCCUGGGAAGCUUCCUGAUAUGGAGGAAUUGGAGAAAGAAGAACACUAAGAGUAUGAACUUUGACAAUCCAGUCUAUAGGAAAACUACAGAAGAGGAGGAAAUGGAGGAGACCCACAUUGGAAGGAAUGGGCAGAUUGGCCAUGUGUACCCUGCUCGUGUUGCUCUCAGUAUGGAGGACGAUGGAUUACCCUGAGACAAGCUGUGUCACAUCCACUUGACCGGCAGGUUCCCCACAACAAAUGGUGCAGCAGCUGUACUAGUCAAGAUUGGACGCCCAAUCACCAGAUGUAAAAUUUCUAACAUCUAAAAGAUGUGUAUUUUUGUAUUAGCAAAUCAUUUUAUACUAUACAUGAAACAAAAAUUGGACUUUUUUUUGCACUGAAGAUAGAACCCUAGAAAGAAAUGACACUGGCCAUGAGUCAACUCAAAUUCCUUACACUUGUAUAUAAUUGUUCUGCUGCACUUGCACGCAAAGCCUCUUCAAAGCUAUAUUUAUACAGUUUUGUAAAUAGUCUUAACAGUGCUAGUUGCAGUUUGAAGUUUUGCAGAGAGCUUAAUUUGUUGAAGCUCCCCAUUGGCAUAAACUACACAGGAUAGAAAGAAAAAAAAUAGGUAUUUAUUUAUGGAUUUAUUUCCUGGACAAACUUGGUUAUGUACAUAUGAAGUGAAGUAGAAAAUAUUUUACUGCUGAUGCAUUUUGCCUUUUCUGUACAGUGGAGCCUUAUUUGCGCAUAUGUUUAUACAAGAGGGGAAUGUAUUUAUAAAACUGGGGAAUAUGUAGAUGCUUGCUGCUUCAUGUAUUUGCUUCACAUUGUCCGACUGGCAAAGCAACUUUCUUUUAAGGAACAAACUAGAUUGAGCAGCUAUAAGUGAAUUCUUGCUGCCAAUUUGCUCUGCUAUUUAUUUAAUCUUUUCAAAACUCUACACUUUUUUUUGUAGUUCUGUUGCUAUGUUCAAAAUUUUUCAUUUCGCAACUUAAAUGUAGCUCUUCUGAUACUUGAAUGGAGAAUGGAAUAAACCUGGUAUGAGACUGAGCCUCCUUUGGGAGGAGAGGGGGGAAAAAAAUCAAUCAUGAUCUGUUCACAGUGAGUACUGUCAGAAACUGCAAUUGUGGAACUCGUACAGUUCUCCCAAAGAUAAGGCUCACACGUAAAGAAUGGAAAUAUGUUGGAAGGGUAGUAGCUCAGUACCCUCAAGGGAUGUUUGAAAGGAAAAUGCAAGGAAGAAACAAAUUUAGUAUAAAAAGUGUACAUAUUGGAGCUACAGUACAGAUCAAGUAAAAGUCUGCCUUUUGAGUAACUGUAAGACUGAUUUCCUUAAAAAUAGCCAAAGGUUUUGUAAGAGAUGCAUUAAAAUGGUUUUCAUUUCUAAACCUGAUGCAAUAUUUUUCUGAGAUGAGGUGGAAAUCUAUCAAAUUUGCUAUCUGGUUUCCCUGUAUAUUUGUAAUAUUUGCUCUGUAUUGAUGUUUAGAGGGGGAUUUUGGUUGUGUUUUUAUCUUGACCAGGAUAUAUUGUAAACCAGAUUUCUAUGGCUCGUAUUUGUAUUAAAUUUGAAGUUGGUAACCUAAGUUUAAGAAAAUUAAAAUAGUCACCUAGUAUAUACCUGGCU